AUGAGGUUUGUGUGUUUCAAGUUGACCAUCAUCUGCCUGUGGCUUCUACCAUCAGCAGGCCAAGACACAAUCAAAGCCUCUGCUUUCUCAAGCCACCAAAGAAGGGCAGAUGAAGGAGAAGGAGGAGUUUCUGUAGGAGCGGCAUUGAAAGUGAAGCAUAUCUCCAAGGAUUUACAGAUUAUCUCCACUAAAUACAAAACCCCUGCGUAUGGAUCUCUCAGCCCAUACGGCUGGCCGCAGAACUUCUCCCAGGCCCACGAUCAACAUCUGUCCAAUCCGCAAUCCAAACCUCAUUCCAAAGUCUCCCCGAAAUCCAAGAAGAUUUUGGGAUGGGGUGACUUUUACUUCAAUGUAAAAACAUUAAAGUUCAGUCUUCUGGUGACCGGGAAAAUCGUGGAUCACAUCAACGGCACAUUCAGUGUCUACUUCCGCCACAACUCUUCGCAUUUAGGGAACAUAUCUGUCAGCAUUGUUCCACCCUCUAAAACUGUUGGCUUGGAGGUUCUGGAUCCAGGAGUUCCAAGUAUACGGACCAGGAAUUCGGUACUGUUACCAGACCUGGCUUCCCACAUUCAAUCCACUGGUUCCACCUCUCCAGACCUGAAGAAGCAGCAGGAUUUGAUGGUGAUGACUGAGCUCAACUGUCGCAUUGAUUACCAAAGAACCAACCGGUCCAAGAAGACCAAGCCCUGCAUGUAUGAUCCGGGUCAGACGUGCUACUCCGAAAACACCCAAUCACAGGCAGCGUGGAUUUGUGCCAAACCCUUUAAGGUCAUAUGCAUUUUCAUCGCCUUUACUGGAACAGACUACAGGCUGGUGCAAAAAGUUUGCCCUGACCGUAACUUUCAGGCGGACCAGAACCAGCAACACUUUGGAUGA